AACAGGUUGCACCUCACUGGUUCCGGAAAGAGAAAAAAAAAAAGAAAACAGCCAAUGCAGUGCUCCUCUACAGCCAAUAUCUGACAUCUAUGAGCGGUUAACCGGACGGCUGGAAACGGGGCAUGUAAUCCGGCAGUGCGAGUUCAUAGCCUGCGGCAGCGCGGACCAGCGAGACGGGGUUUGGAAAGACUAUGAGCGGAGUGUGGAUGAGCCGAUAGCUGGUAGCACGCUCACCUGUUCGUGUGGCGGAGGAGAUGGAGAAUACCGAGGAGUCCGCGACCCUCCGGAUCACCCCGACCGUCCGGGCGCUUAGCUCCGCACUGCGGGGGAAGCGUGACGAUGUGCCCGAGUCCAGCCAGCUGAACGGCGACCGGGUCUUCCCCGAACCGGAGAAGCUUUGGUUCAAGGAAAGCAGCGCUAAAAACCUACGUAACCGGGACUUCUUGUCUCCGACCACGAUGCUGAACACGCUGUAUGCGGACGGGCAGAUCCCUCCAGCAGUGAUGUCCAGGGUACUCUCCCUCCGUGGCAGUGGGAUUCUCCCUGUGGCCGGUGGGGAGGUAAUGGGUGAGGGGUUGAGGGUGAGGGUGGACCGGGCCGCAGCCUUCAAGGCUGUCCUGGCAGAGGGAGCCACGGAGUACCUGAAGCCCUCGGGUCAGAGGCAAGGCUGUGUGGUGCUCAACUGCCCUGCGCUCCACCCUAAACCCAACACACCCACUCCUGAGACAUUGACUCUGGGCCAGCUGAGGACCGUUCUGUUGGCGGACCACAUGGGGGCGCUGUUGAGAAGACAGGGAUUCGCAGUGUCCUAUUGCCCCACGCUUCCUGAAGACAGCGACAUCUUCACAUUCCUCCGAGCUCUGGGCAUCGAUUGGCCGACAGCCCCACCCAACUGGACCAACGAGGAGCGGGAGGAGAAGAUACAGGAGGCUCUGGAGAACUCCCCGUACAGAGAGAGGGAAACCGAGAGAGGCAGGAGGACCAGCGGUGGAGGAGGAGGAGGAGGAGGAGGGAGGAAGGCAGAGGAGGGGGAGAACGAGGAAGCUCUCAGGGUGAACCUGAAACGAGUGUUCCAGGAGGAGGGACUGCUGGGAUACGACCCCAGCCUUGGUACCUGCACAGUACACAGAGACAGUGUUUCUCACCUGGCACAGAUGGACCUCGCCACUGCUGACUGCACAGUAGCCAUGGCAACAGCGUUACAUGUGACUUCCUGUCAGGACGAGUUCCGUCAGCAGCAAAUAGCAGUGCUGUGGAGAGCCAGUGGAGCGGCAAACACACAGAGACAUCUGGUAUGUGGGCCUGUGAAGACUCCUGGUUCUCACCUGACUGCUGCACAAUUUCUGCAGCUGAGAAGAGGUCAGAUGAAGGAGGCCUCAGAGAUGAAGUAUGGAGAUCAAGUAGAAGGUCAGACAUGGGAUGACAUCAUCAGGGUCAUGACCUCUGCCACUAUCAGAUUUGAGCUGCUGUCGACGGUCCACACCAGUCCCGUGACACUGGACGUCCAGCGGGAAGGGGGCGUGUCCACCAAAGGGCCGAGAGGAGGAGUGUUUGUGAUGUAUAACUGUGCCAGGCUGCACACUCUGUUCGACAGCUACGAGAGAGGAGUAGAGAAGGGUUUAUACCCUGAAAUCCCUGAAUGCUCCCAGCUAGACUUCUCUGCUCUGAAAGAAGAGGGCGAGUGGCUUCUCCUGUUCAAUUACCUCAUCACCUUCUCCGAGCUGCUGGACCAAUCAGGACAAGCAUUAGACUGUGAAGGGGGUGGAGCCAGAGUCAACAUUAAGACUGAACAGAUCUGUAAAUUUCUGGUUUCUCUCAGUAAAGACUUCAGCUCGUACUACAACAGAGUCCAUGUGCUGGGGGAGCCGCUGCCUCAUCUCUUCAACCAGAUGUUUUGUCGUCUGCAUCUGUUGAGAGCGCUGCGAGAGCUCUACCACAGCGCCCUGGACACCCUUAACCUUCCCCCCAUCAGGCAACUAUAGCUUGUCCCAGUCCACUCACCCUGUGAUCACUUGUUGGCCCGACUUACCCGACCAUAACACCGUCCCCUAUGUUUUGCAAUUGUAGCUCCAUCACGUGCACGUCGCCUUUUCCCCUCAUUUUGUCAGACUAUUUUGUGACUGGGAUCAGUUCCAAGGAGACUUCAAGGAGUUAAUGGUGCCACUCAAGAAAUUGUUGGCAAAGAUGGGAUGCUUUUCAAAUCUGCUCUGAUGCUUCCAAAAAACCCACAAAACUGAGCCAACUUUCUAAGUUUCCCUCAUUGCUCUCACAGUCAACCCCCACAUUCUGUUGCUAAAAGUCUCUCCUCUGAAAGUGUCUUAGUCACUGCCUGCAGAAAGUGUUUUUGCCUUGCUUAACUGUCCCCUUUCAUGUAUGUUACCCACGUUGUAUUUAUCAAUGCCACACAACUAUUUAUUGUCAUUUAAAAAAAAAAAAAAAAAAGG